UCAGACUUCACUUUCAGUUUCCUGCAGGCAGGGCUCCCCCUUCCCCCUGCGACAUGAGCAGGAGGUUUCCUGGAAAACGAAAGCAGAACCCGGGGUCGCCGCUUCUGGUUUUUGUGUUUUACGUCUAGUUUGACAGCCGAUGUGGUUUUCUGGGUCUCUUUGGGCACGACGGUCACAACUUCCAGCCGGACGCGUCUCAAAGUUUGCGGCGAGCUCAACUGUCAAAGCGCAGCUAGGCGGCUAGCGUUAGCCCGCUAGCGUUAGCCCGCUAGCGUUAGCCCGCUAGCACAGCAUGGAGGGCAGCGGCGGCUUGCAGAGCAGCGAGGAAAAGGGGGCAGAAAAAUGCAUGGACGACUACCUCAAGUCCAUCGGCCUGCAGCGGAAGAAGAUAGCCAAGGACGGGUCGUGUUUGUUCCGGGCUGUCGCCGAGCAGGUGCUGCACAGCCAGAGCCUGCACACCAAAGUCAGAGCCAAGUGUGUGGAGUUCCUGAAACACAACAGAGAGAGCUACGAGGCGUUUGUUGAAGGAAACUUUGAGGAGUACCUGUGCAAGCUUCAGGACCCGCAGCACUGGGUGGGAGAGGUGGAGAUCAACGCGCUGGCUGUCAUGUACAAGAGGGAUUUCUUCAUCUUCCAGGAGCCCGGCAAACCUGCCAUCAACAUCACAGACAAAAACUUCAAGGACACGGUCCAGUUAUGUUUCCUGAAUGGAAACCAUUACGACAGCGUUUAUCCCAUCAGCCACGUGAGGAGCGCAGCCAUCUGCCAGUCGAUCCUGUACGAGCUGCUGUAUGACCGUGUGUUUAAGGUGGAGCGCUCGGCGCUGUCGGUCUGCCAGCGGGUGCCUCGCUCGUCCGACGUCCCGACCGAUGACACCCUCCCCCCCUGCGCCAGCAGCGACGAGUCCGACGCCGAGACCGGCCAGCCGCUCUGGUUGGAGGAGGGAACAAGUACCACAGCUCCCAGACACAAUGGACACAAUUACAGGGGCCGGGGGCGGGGCCGGCAUCUGCCCGAACGGGUGAAGCGCUCUCUGAACCCAGCACUGUACAGGAAUGUCGAGUACGACGUUUGGACCAAAUCCAAGAGAGCUCAACAGAAGAUGGACUUCUGCAUCGCUGCUGGGAUGCAGUACACUGUAGGAGACCGCUGUCAGGUUCGCCUUGACAACAGUGGGCGGAGCUACAGUGCGACCAUCAAGGAGGUGUCGCCUAGCAACGGCCCAGUGAUGGUUUACAUCGAGGAACUGGGCAGGAAGCAGUCGGUCUCUCUGUGGAACCUGCGUCCCCCUGGUGAAGAGAGCAGCUGGAGGACGGUCAACAGAGACAAAAGACUCAGCAAUGGACAUGGAGAGUGGGACGAGCGCGGUCGUGGCAGAGGGAGGGGGAAGCCCCCCCCAGCGUCGGCCCCGCCCUCCUCCGUCUCCCAGGCGACGGCCCCGGGCUCGGCUGGGCGUGUGCAGAAGCAGCACUCGUGGCCCCAGCAGGCCGCCGCUGAUGAGCAGGGAGGGGCGAGAGGCAGCAGGUGUCUGAAGUCAGUGAGCAUGGUCGAGCCGUCGCCGUUUGGCCUGACGGAGGAGGAGCGUUUGGCCAGAGAGGAGGAGGAGAGGAACGUGGCGCUGGUGGAGAUGCAGCUCCGUGACGAGCACAGCUUCCCUGCACUCGGCACGCAGCCUGUGAGCCAGGGUGAAGGGGGGAAGAGGAAGGGCGGCGAAAAGAGAAGAUCUCUGAAAAACACAAACAAGAGUCCAGUGGAAGAGUUCACAGCUUCAUCGCCUCCGACUGGUGACGGACCCUCCAAGUCCUCCACCCCCCCACUUGCAACCACUGCUGUGACUGCAAUUACUACUAAUACUGCUGCUGCUCCGGCUGCUGUUCCUCCCACCGCUGCCGCUAAUCCCGCCUCUAAACCUGCUGCUGCUCCUGCUGCCAAUCCUGACUCUCCGACAUGGCUGAGCAAACUCAAGGCUCCUACACCGAAUCAGAACGCGGCUGCGGCCUCGGCCUCGCCGGUUAAAGCUGCCCCGGCUCUGACCGCCGGCUCUGCUCCGACCCCUGGGAUGCCCACAGCUGUUGCUCCACCCACCUGCACUGCACCGGCUGCAAAAGUGAGCGCUCAGUCCUACGCCUCAGCGGCCGGUGGGUCCCCGGCCUCCCCUCCGCCCUGCGCCGCCAAGUCCAACGCUCUGUCCUCUGAGUCCACGAGCAGUGGAGCCCCGCCCCUCACCGUCCCCUCCUCUGCCGCCGUCUUCUCCCUCGUCACACCUGCCCUCCCCGCUGCCAUCGCCUCGUCUCCUUCUCUUCCCGCCGCCGCCUCCCCCUCCUCUCUGUCCUCCUCUGCUGAACCUACCGCUGCUUCUCGUCCUUCUGCCCCCAGGCCAUCCUCAUCCCCCUCUCCCCCCUCCACGGUUUCACCUCCCACCUUCAUUGCGCCCAUCGCUCCCUCUCCUGUUGCAGCUCAAGGCUUAAUGCCCCACCCCUCCCUCCCUCGUGCCUCUCCUCCACUCUCCUCCAGUCCCGCCUCCUCCACCCAGAUCCCCUCCUCCACCUCCUUUGCAGUCCUCCGUCAUGAUCCUCCAGUCUGUGAGGCCCCAGCAGCUUCGGUGCAGCCCCCGGAUAUUUUGCACUGUAGUACUGGAGGUGUCCCGAGUUCAUCUGCAUCUCAUGCCCUCCAGACCCAGACCUUUCUCGCCCAGGCCCAAGCCUCUCUGCCCCAGGCCUCUCUGCCCCAAGCCUCUCUGCCCCAAGCCUCUCUGCCCCAGGCCUCUCUGCCCCAAGCCUCUCUGCCCCAGGCCUCUCUGCCCCAGCUGGUUCCACCUCAGGCCCAGACCCAGCCUUCUUUUGCCCACCUCCAGCCUCAGUAUCAGUCACAGACCUCCUUGACCCAACCCCAAGCCUCUGUGCCCCAAGCCUCUGUGCCCCAAGCCUCUUUGCCCCAAGCCUCGUUGCCCCAGCCCCAGGCGGCUCUUGAGGCCCCGCUCCAGGCAUCUCUCCCCCACCUUCAGCCCCAGCCCCAGCAGCAGUCGGUCCAGGGUCCCUCCUCUCACCCUGCCUCAGGAGCCUCCUACCCUCAACCCCCUCAGGCCUCUCUCCCUCCCUCCCUCACUGCCCUUGUCCAUCCCCAGCCUUCAGUCACCCAGCCCCAGGUCCAAGGCCAUCCUGUCCAACCCCCCCACCCUUCAAGCCUCCCACACCCGUCCCUCUCUCUGUCCCCCUCCCAAACCCACCCCUCUGUUCAAACCCAGACCUCGAGCGGCCAGUCUCAGCUGGAGGUCCAGCCUCAGCACCCCCAGCAUGGAGCCGAAUCGCCGGCCCAUCCUGCCUCUCAGCAGCCUCAUCCUCCUCAGUCCUCUCAGCUCCCGCAUCAUCCCCACUUCCAAGGUGCUGCACCACCUCCUCCUCACCCCCUGUCCGUCCCGGGAGCCGUUCCCCUGCAGCAGCUGUCCCAGCUGUUCCAGGACCCCCUCUACCCUGGCUUCCCCUCAGAUAAAGACGGCGUGGUCCCCAAACCAGCCUACUCCCUCAGCCAGGCUGGGGACGACCUGCCCCAGGAUGUUGGCGUUCUGCGGUUUUUCUACAACCUGGGAGUCAAGGCGUACACCAACCCCAUGUACUCGCCCUGCGUCUACCUCCUCCCCCUGCAGCAGGCCUACGCCAUGCACCCCAAGCUGCAGUCCUGCUCGCCCUCUCCGCCCCCCUCCUCUGUCUCCUCCUCCCCCUACCCCCCUGCGGCCUACCCCCCCGCCAACCCGCCCGCCAGGCCUCAGGAGUCGUCGUUCCCGCCUCCGCCGUACCCUCCCGCUUCGGCGUCGAUGCCCGCCCAGUACGACCACCACGGCGCCCAGCAAGCCUCGCCCGCCGAAGCCCCUCGCCCCGCCGAGCCCGCCUUUAACCAGGCGGGAUACCCCGUCAAUCAGCCCCCGCCCCACAGGGUGUCCUGGCAGCAGCACCAGGUGGCCCCACCCAGAAACCCCAGCUACCCCGUGGGGUACCCCACCCCGCCUCCCUCCUACACCCCUCCGCAGCCCUCAUCUCAGGGCUACCCCCCGGCCCCGGCCCCGGGACACCCGCUGUACCCCGCCGUGCACCAGUACGCCCCCUCCUCACUGGGCUACCCGCCCUCCUCGGCCCCCGCCGAGCUGCCAGGUGGCCCGGGAGCGGCGGAGCAGCUCCAGCCCGCCAGCAGGGAGCCAACGCCCAGCCCGGCGCUGAGCAGAGGCCCCGCCCACAUGGAGACGGCUGCCACGAAUGCUAACAUGGCUAAUGCUAACGGCGGCGGCGCUCCACCCACAGUUCCUCCUGUCUUCAGUUUGGGGCUGAACCGGGAGCAGGGAGACGCUUCGAACAGACCGGUGCUGCUGGUCGACCCGCCCAUCAACAACAUACCCAUAUGGGCGAACGUGCCGCCGCCCGGCGAGGCCCGCGGCGCCGACACUCGGAGCUACAGGGGCCACAAACAGCCGGGGGCGGGACCGCCCAUCACUAUGACGACGCCUCUCUCCGUCGGCUGCAGCACGGAGGACGACUGGGAGGAGUCGGAGCGCAUGCAGCCGGAGCGAGCCAAUCACAGAGGCAGGAAGCCGCGAGGAGGGGGGAGGGGGCGGGGCAGCAGCUUCAGGAGGAGGCCAGGGGGAGGAGGAGGAGACAUGGUGACAGGGUUCCACUACAACCAGUUUAACCCCUCCCACUCCCACCGGGGGCGGGGCCGGGAGAGGGGCUACUAGCUACCAGCCAAUGAGGGCAAAGAGGAAGGCCAGAGGAAGGUGACUCCGCCCCCCUCCUCCUCUUCCUCCUCCCACUGUUUGGACAUUAAGGGCUUCCGCUCAGACACUUCCUGCUUCCCUCCCUCUCACUUCCUGUCACCGCACACCACGAUCUGAUUGGUCGACGUGUAGAGGCGUCUCCUCUGGAUUGGCUGGAUUGUUUUUUGUUUUGUUUUGUUUUUUUUGUUUGUUUGUUUUUUUUUUCCCCCAGCAUGCACUGCAACAAAGCAAAAUGUAUCUCACUUAGAAAACUGACACCUCUGAUUGGACGAACGGACUGCGCCUCGUCGGUGACAUCACGGCUCCUCCUCCAGGAACAGCUCGACGUCAGAAACCCAGCAGCUGGGAAAACUGGGAUUAGAACAGGAUCAGUGUAAGGCUGUGUGUGUGUGUGUGUGUGUGUGUGUGUGUGUGUGUGUGUGUGUGUGUGUGUGUGUGUGUGUGUGUGUGUGUGUGUGUGUGAGCAGCAGGGAAGCCGAGGCCUCGUCCACACGGAGAGUUUUCAGUUUGGAAACGUGACUUUUUUUCUGUCCGGUUUCCCUUUGAGUUCUACUUUUCAACAUCUUUUACGACUCUUAGGAGGAGGAGCUCGACCUCCUCAUGGCACCUCCUCCUCCUCCUCCUCCUCCUCCUCCUCCUCCUCCUCCUCCUCCCGUCAGUUCUGGAUAAAUUAAAUAGUUAUUUUUUUUAAAGCGGUCCCUCUCUGUUUGGACGCGGCCUGGGAGCUUUGAGGUUUAAAAAAGUGUUUCGGUUUUGAGCGGCGAAGCGUCCGGCAGCAGUCUGAGGAGGAGCCGGCGCCUCCUGCAGGCCUCUGUUGGCACUACUAGCUUUAAAAAAAAAUUAAAAAAAAAAAAAAAAAAAACUCAGUGUUCAUAAUCUGGUAUAUAAUCUGUAUUGGUCGUCCCGGCAUGGAGCGGCUCUGGUUCUUCUCUGAUUCGAUUCUGUUGCUGCUGCUUUCAGGUUCCGUUUGUUUUCCCCUCUUUUUUUGUUGUUGUUGUUUGUUGUUGUUGUAUUCCUUCUCGCUGUAAAUCAAACGGGGAAAAACGUAGUCUCUCUCUCUUUUUUCAGAUUCAGUGCCUUAACGUCUGUCCCUCUCUCUCUUUUCUUUUCUUUUCUUUUCUUUUCUUUGGUGUUGGUUCAGGAGCGACGGCUGCACAGAACAAAAAGUUUACUUUGUUUUUCUGUUGGAUGUUUUUUUUUCUAAAAGGUUGGAUGAAUAAAAAUGUUGCUCGUGUC